ACACUGUUCGUACGACAUCGUUGCUCGUCGGUCAGUCGGCGUUCUCACACCGAUUUGGCCGAUACCGUGAACCGUGAACUAAUAUCGCCGUUCGGCUGUUUGUUUUUGGAUUUUUGAAUAUAGAGUUUUUGCGGAUUGCAGACGACGGGUUUCUACGUGAAACGGUUAUGUAGGAAUUAAACGAUCCCGUGAGUGUUUUGUUCCGUGACAAGUGGUUGUGCGAAUCACGAUGACUGCCAGUUCGGAUGCAAUCGCCGCGCCUACCACUAAGGUGAUCCAGGUGACGAACAUUGCUCCCCAAGCGACUAAAGAUCAAAUGCAAACUCUGUUUGGCUCGAUCGGUAAGAUUGAAGAUAUUCGAUUGUACCCGCAGAUACGUGAUGUGUCUGUGCCCGUGCAAUCUCGUAUUUGUUAUGUGAAAUAUUUUGACUCCCUGUGCGUGGCUGUUGCCCAGCAUUUAACCAACACGGUGUUCAUUGACCGUGCGCUUAUCGUUACGCCGUACCAGUCUUCUGUCGGUGAUAUACCUGACGAAUACAGAGCACUGGAUAUUGCCAACCAGGCGAACGUCGUACCUGGAUUAUACCCGUCUGAUCCCAAACUACCACCACACGUUGUCAAUUCAAUUGAAGGAAUACCACCGAAUCAAGUUAUUGUCACCCACGAUCCAGUGUUGGCAUCCAAUGGUUUGCCUCCUUAUCCUCAACUCCCAAUCACCUAUGAUUCUAGACGGAUUGAAGAAAUUAGACGAACUUUGGUAGCAAUUAAUGUAGAUGAAAACGUAACUAACGAUGAGUUGAUAAACUUUUUUCAAAAAUCAGCAGGUGAUGUCAAGUAUGUGCGAUGGUGUAGCAGAGAAAAUGAUAUUACUCGCUAUGCUCUCAUUGAAUUUUCCGAACAAGCUAGUAUUAUUGCGGGAUUGAAACUAAACGGAACGUUACUAGGUUCUCGGCCACUUCAAGUUACUCAUGCCACUCAAGCAAUAGCAAAACCUAUGGCUAAAAGUAACGAAGCGGCUCAAAGAGAAAUAGAAGAAGCUAUGACAAGAGUGAAAGAAGCGCAAAGUCUUAUAUCAGCAGCCAUUGAUCCAGUUAUUGGUAUUUUAUCUAAAGACAAAAAACAUGGCCAUUCUCACAGACGAUCUCGGUCCAGAUCACAUGGUAGGAGCCGUCGAAGAUCAUCAUCUAGAUCACGAAGAGGACAUUCACGAACACGAAGACGACGGUCUAGAUCACGUUCAAAGCGUCGAUCGAGAUCAAGAAAAAGGUAUAGGAGUCGAGACAGGCGUUCAAGGGACAGAAAAAGAUCAAGGUCGAGAAAAAAGUCUAGAUCUAGAGAUAGGAAACGUAAAUCUUCUAGAGAACGACGAAGAUCAAGAUCAAGAUCUAAGCGUCGUUCACGAUCUAGAAGUCAUAAAAAAGAUAAAAAAUAUUCAUCCAAGAGAAAAGAAGAGAAAUCGGAAAAACGUAAAGAAAAGGAUAAGAAAAAAGAUACUACUCCACCUGUUGUGCCUGAAACAGACAAAAAUGAUAAAUCGAAAACACCUGAUAAAGAAAAAUCUGGGUCUGCUACACCACCUAGAAGUAAUUCUCGUAGUCCUCGUUCGUCCAGUAAAUCACCUAGGAGGAGUAGUUCUUCUGGCCGAGGAAAAAUUACUGAACCAGUAAAGAGUCGUUCGUCUAGCCAUGUAAGGCAUACUUUAUCUCCAAAAAGAUCAAGAACCAGAACACCAGCUAAGAAGCGUGUUAGUAGGUCUCCUCGCAGGAGCCGCUCUCCAAAGAAGCGCAGUAGAAAAUCUAGUUCUUCACAAAGACGUACUAGAAAACGUAGUGUGAGUCGCCAUAAGUCACGUUCACCCGUUGAAAAAAGACAUAAACGUACACGUUCGCCUGUACGAAGAUCUCCUUCUCCUAGAUCACCUCCGCCGAGGAGAAUCAUUCGAACGCCUCCGUCUAGAAGCCCACACUCUCCUGCAAGAUCAUUGUCGGGUUCACCAGUAAGAACCAAAAUGAGUCCUUCGGUUGAAAGAAAAAGGAGUGUGUCAGCAAAUAGAAGAAGUUUAUCUGUGGACAGGAGUAGAAGAAGUAUGUCUAUAGAUCGUAAAUCUCGAUCAGAUAGUAAAAGUAGAAGUGGUUCACCUACUUCUGCGAGAAGUAGAUCACCGGCUUGGAGAAAAAGUGAGUCUAGAUCACCGGUAACAAAACGACAAAGUGCUUCUUACACUCCAUAAACAAUUUAUAUUUCUGGAUUUUUUUAUUUGUAUGUGUAAGCAUAUAUAUAUAAAUUUGUUUCAGUGCUUAAUAGUAAUAACAUAUACUAUCUAAUUUGAUGUAUACCAUUUCUUUGAAAUAAAAGUUUUACAGUAA